AUGGAAGAUCAAGAACAAGAAUUGGAGAGAGUAAGCUCCGAACUUGAAGAAAUACGAGGAAACAUGGGUCAAGUCAUGGAAAUACUACAAGUCAUUAAGGCCAAGUUGGACACCCAAAUGACGGUCGUUUCAGAAAUCACUGGUCCUACGGUUGAACCCCAACCUGCAAGGAUAAUGCCGACCACUUGGCCGGUUUAUGGUUUACCUCCCGGUUUCACACCUCCAGCUGAAGGCGCCACUGGUUUUGUACAAUCCACUCAGCAGACGGCUCCUCUACCAAUAAUCAAUGAAACUCAUCCAGUGGUCCACACGUUCGCACCACCUCUCAUCCGUGCACACGUGCAACCUUAUUUUGAAGAUCAACAACAUGCUCCGGAUUUUUCGGACGAAGAUGAUGAAAGGCAUGAAGACAUAAGAGGGAUGAAAGAGAAUUUCCAGAUUCUUGAGAAAAGGUUAAGGGCUAUGGAAGGUGACCAAGUAUUUGGUGGUGCUGCUAAGGAGAUGUGCUUAGUGUCAGGUCUCGUGAUUCCUGCGAAAUUCAAGACCCCAGAUUUCGAUAGGUAUGAGGGCCACUCAUGUCCUAAAAGUCACCUUAUUAUGUACUAUCGAAAAAUGGAUGCGCACGUAUAG